AAUACCAAUUUCAUUGUUGGAAAAAUUCUAAAUUUGGAGGAUUCUGAAUUCCUAUUCUACAAUCAGUUCAUUGCACUAGCGGUUUGUCUUAGAAGAGGAAUCCUUCGAUAUCAUAAUGGGUGUGUGUGACUCCCUUCCUUCUUAUCAAAACAGAUUCAUCAAAAUAGAUUUGGUCUGGGAUGCCAAGUGAGCUGUAAAGGAAAAGUUUUGAAGGAUCGAUUAUAAGGUUCUGUAUUUUCUCCAAGAACAAUAACACAACCAUAAUCAAAUGUUGUUGGAACAUGCAAGACUUCUUGUUGGGGAUUAAGCAUUGUUUCUUACCAACAUACCAACAGAACAAAAUAAGUCUAGAGGGAAUUGCAAAUUGUGAUGGAACAUUGAGGAGGCACUAGAUCAAUAUGGGCAAUUUCGGUAAUUCUUGGCUCAGUUUUAAUAAUAUUAAGAAUUAUUAAAAAAAAAAUUACCUGCAAUACCAUGGGGAUUGCAAGGCAAUCUAAGAAAUGAAGAUUUUGAAUAUAAAGCUUUUUUUUGUUAAAAUAUCUAAGAGCAAACUUUAUGAUUACCUAAACUACUAAAGUAACCAGAUGCCUUAUGCACAAUUGAAAACUUUAUGAUUUCUUGUGAUGGAGACUUCUUACUACCAAAUCUUGUAGUAUUGAUUCCAAGAAACAUGUUGAUAAAGGAUUCUCCAGAUCUAUUCCAGUUUGUGAAAGAUGUUGUGGAAAAGCUAGGCUAUGAAGCAUGGAAUUAAUCUUCUCAUGAAUUUAAAACAUGCUUAUAUGUUAAGUUUUGUCUGUUUCCUACUUUGUUUGCUCUUUUGGAUUCCAUAAUAUCUAUUAAAAGGUAUUGGUUGGUGUUUGAACUUUGAAGUCUAUGGAGAUAAUUAAUACAAAAGGUGUGAAUUAAAGAAGGGAUAAUUAUAUGUGUAAUGACAGUAGUGGAUAUGUAUUUAAUCACUGCCUAGCUUAUUUAGUUUAACAUAUAAUUGGAGUUACAGUUACUCAUCUUUGCUUCAACAGGCUUUAGCCUUGGAAUAACUAGACAACCUGAAAGAUGACUGCCUUGAUGAUAACCAUUUAAUGUUUUCUAUGAUGAUUCUUCUUGAAAUAUUUAAAGAUCUAGUUUGAAAGUAUUAGCUUUGACAUGUAACCAUGCCUUUGUAAUUGUAUGAUUAUUGAUGUUACAGUUACUCAUCUUUGCUUCAACAGGCUUUAGCCUUGGAAUAACUAGACAACCUUGAAAGAUGACUGCCUUAAUGAUAACCAUUUAAUGUUUUCUACGAUGAUUCUUCUUGAAAUAUUUAAAGAUCUAGUUUGAAAGUAUUAGCUUUGACAUGUAACUAUGCCUUUGUAAUUGUAUGAUUAUUGGUGUUGGAAUAAACUGAUAACUUACUUUGUUGAAGGAAACCAUUCACUUUUACUGAGUUUUGACUCUUUGAAUUGAAAUUGUCCAGUCUGCAUGAUUACUAAAAGAGUGAUGAAUACUUGCUUUGCAAAAUUAUGCAUGAGAAAGGUGAUAAGAGGUUUAUUAACUGUAUAUCAUUUUCAUCUUCAAAAUAGAUGAACAAAAUUAACCUCCUGUUAUUACAAUUUGCAACCAGGGGAAAGUGAUAUUCUAAGUGUGGAUGCACAGCCCUCUGGUGCCAUAAACUUAGCUAACAGAU